AGCAGCGCGAUCGCGCUCAACUUUAAUGAUGCAUGAAUGGCACAUAUUACCAAUAACCUUUAUUGCGACAAUUGGGAUUUUUCGACAUAAAAUUAAACAAGCGCUAUCGCACCGUUUGGAUUUCUUCGCACUCAAUUAAGAUAAGCGUCAUCGCGCUGUUCAGGGUUUUUCGACCGUGUUCUACCGAAAGGCUCAAGCGCUGCUUGAGACUCAAACGGUUAAAAAAUAACAAUUAUUAAGGAUAAGAAAGAUGAAGAAGCGUAUUGAUGGCCGUCGAUUGGCACAAAAUAUUGGAGAACAAGUAAUUCUACUUGGAACUAUAGGAAAAAAAAGUUCAAGUGGUAAAAAUUUAGAAUUAAGAACAACUGAUGGUAUACAAGUUAAUGUAACCUUACCAGAUCCAAUUGAUAGCAAUGCUGAAGGUUAUAUAGAAGUUCAUGGCACUUUACACUCAAAGUCUACAAUGAAUUGCAGUAACUACAUCGUAUUUCCACCAAAUAUGACAGAAAACUUUGGUGCUGAUCAAUAUAAUGAAUUGAUGGAUAUUUUAAAUGUAUUAGGGCCAGAAAAAUGGAAGAAAUCUGAAGAUGACACAGGAAUUUAA